AUGGCGCCCAUCGCCUUGUCACCUCCCCGCGAAGCAUCGCCUCCUCCAUCAUCACAGGCAGAGAUGUCCUCCUAUCAAGGCUAUGACCACGUUCACUGGUACGUGGGCAAUGCCAAACAAGCAGCCGCCUACUACAUUGCACGCAUGGGCUUCGAGAAGAUUGCAUACCGAGGUUUGGAGACUGGGUCUAGAGGACUCGCCUCCUACGUCGUGCGCAACGGAGGCGUCACCUUUGUCUUGACUUCCCCUCUGCGUGGCUUGAGUAUGCUGCACGAUGUCCCCGAAGACGAGCGAGAAUUGGUCAGAGAAGUACACAAACAUCUUGAAACCCACGGUGAUGCCGUCAAAGACGUGGCUUUCGAAGUCGAUUGUGUGGAAUCAAUCUACAAUGCCGCAGUCUCGGCAGGCGCAACCUCCAUCAAAGCCCCCAACACCCUUCACGACGGCAAGCUCGGCUACGUCAAAACCGCCACCAUCCAAACCUACGGCCAAACCACACACACUCUAAUCGAACGCCAAAACUACCGCGGUGUCUUCUUCCCUGGCUUCCGUCUCGAGCCCACUGCAAAGGAUCCCCUGAACUUGAUUCUCCCACCCGUAACCCUCGAAGCCAUCGACCACUGCGUCGGCAACCAAGACUGGAACGAAAUGGACGACGUUUGCGCCUACUACGAAAAAGCCCUCGGUUUCCACCGUUUCUGGUCCGUCGACGACAAGGAAAUGUGCACAGAGUUUUCGGCAUUAAAGUCAGUCGUCAUGGCUUCUCCCAACGAAGUCAUCAAGAUGCCCAUCAACGAGCCUGCAGAAGGAAAAAGGCAGUCUCAGAUUGAGGAGUAUGUUGACUUUUACGGUGGCGCUGGUGUGCAGCACGUGGCUUUCAGAACUACUGAUAUCGUUACUGCCAUCAGAAACCUCAGGGCCAGAGGUAUGGAGUUUAUCAAGGUGCCAGAGACUUACUACGUGUCCAUGAAGCAGAGACUGGCUGCUGCCGGCAUGGAGCUCAAUGAGGACUUUGACGUCCUUGCCAGUCUCGACAUUUUGAUUGACUUUGAUGAAGGCGGUUAUCUCCUACACUCACAGCAUGUGCUGGACCGCCCUACCGUCUUCAUCGAGAUCAUCCAGCGUAACAACUUUGACGGCUUUGGUGCUGGCAACUUCAAGUCGCUCUUCGAGGCCAUCGAGAGAGAGCAGGAGGCCAGAGGCAACCUGAUCUGA